AAUUGAUAAUCUAAAUUGAACGGUGUAUAUGGUUAGUGUAUGAAUGAAUUUCACAUUCGUUACUUCGUAUCCUAAUGAUGUACUGUAUUAAAUGAUAUAAUUUACAUGAUCGAUAACGACUGGUGCUGUAGUAUUUAUGUUAGUAGCAUUUUGACCACGCGUUUUAAAUCAUUAGUGGAUAAUCAUUUAUUACAGAAACAGACAGCUAAGUUAUAGGUGAAAGUAAUACUAGAACUGGAAACAAUGAAGUUAUCAUCAACACAACAGAACUUGGUACGACAGACGGCCAACAUUUUCCGGAUCUUUGUGCAGUGGGGAAGUGUUCCUUUCAUUGUAUACUUAGGAUUUCGUCAUGGAGCCGACCCACAACCCAACGGUGAAGUGAUACCGCUGUCAUUGACUGGUCUUUUAUAUGGAUGAACUUUCAAUUUGCAACUAGCUAGUUUCUAUUUGCUCUUUCACUCAUUUCUGACUGUGUCGAAAAUUAACUCUGUGAGCAUUUCGAUUGUUGAAGGAAUAAUUUGUUUACUUUGUUGUAAAAUCUAUGGAAUGAAAAUUUUCUGCUAUCAGUAAAAAGUGG